AUGGAGUCUUACAACAGAGCUCAUGUUAACAAAUAUGUUGUUGGUGAUAGAUCGAAUCAAGACACAGUCUAUGCACUUGGUUAUUUUAGAAAUUUGGCAAGUGCACUGAGAUUUUUGCUGACAAAUAAUUGUCUAUGGUCUGGAAUUGAAGUUGGACUAAUUACUAUCAUUGAGCUUUGGAUGUCGAUGAGUUUGAUAGUAUUACUUUUGAUAAAAGGAAAUUGUGGAGCAAUAACUGAAUUUGUUGAUGCACUUAGUUUGAUAAUAUGUGGCUUAACAUCAGUUAUAAAAGUCGUUAUACCAAGGAUAAAUUAUAAAAAAAUGUCUGCUAUUAUUCAAUCAGCUGUUAAUGAUUGGCAAAAAAUUGAUCAUCAUGAUAAAUCACAUUUCAAAACAAUGCAAUAUUUUUCAAAUAUUGGAAGAGUUGUUUUUAUAAUACAAAUGAGUGGUGCAUAUAUUGUUGGUUUUCCAUUAAUUGUCAUGAAACUUCCAUUUGUUGUUAAUUAUUUUCAUCUAAAUAAAGAUGAAUCGUUGUUGUUAAUAAAUAAAACAAUAUUAACUACAAGCAGUAAUGUUGGUCAGGUUCCAAUAGGACCAACUUGUUGGAUACCAACAAAUAUGUCACCAACGUCUAUUGGUGGUGAUACAUAUUUUUUUGGAAUUGGAUUACAUAUUUGGGGUCAAUUAAGAAUACUAAAUAAUAGUCUUGAUAAAUUUAACAGAGCUCUAUUGAAAGAAAAAAUUUUACUCAAUGAAUUUAUAAAACGUCAUGUCCAUCUUUUAACAUUAAUCAAAUAUUUUGAAGAUAUUUAUCGUUAUAUAAUACUUGCUCAAGUUGGUACUGAUGUUUUGCUGACAUGCAUUUCAGGAAUUGUACUUUUGAUGACUGUCCAGUAUGGGGAUCCAAUAGUCAUCGGUGGACUUGUCAUAAGAAUUUAUCUUGUUUAUGUACAAUUAUUUAUGUAUUGCUUUAUUGGUGAAAAAUUAACUGAGGAAUCAAAUAAAUUGGAAAUAUCAAUUUAUCAUGAUAUUCCAUGGUACAAUAUGGAUAAGAAAAUUGUUAAUAAUAUAAAAUUCAUUAUGAUGAGAAUCAAUUAUUCAUAUAAAUUAACUGCUGGUAAAAUGUAUACAAUGAAUUAUGCUAAUUUUAUUGGUAUUAUCAAGGCAAUGGGACCAGGAAGUUGUCAUUAA